GUACGAAGGUGUGAUGAUUUCAUGACGAGGCCAGAAUUAUUGAAUAGGACGACCACGAAGAUAGAAGGAAGGACGAAGUUCAUGAGAAGGACGGACGUCGCCAUUUUCGGGGAUUCGCCCAUUACAUGUCUUGAUACGGAAGGAGGUUUAAUCAGUGAUCGCUUGCGUGGCUUUCACUAUUUCGAAAGGAGGUUUUAUCCGAGAUUGUUUGCUGGGCUUUCACGAUUCCCAAAAGCGGGAGAAAUAUUUCAUACACGUGAAAGAAUGGAUAUAAGAACAUUCAGGAUAUUUCCUUUUUUACAUGGGAUGCUAAAAUGUACAGUUGCGUCGCUGUUGAUUGCUGGGCAUCAUCCUACGAUAUAAUCCUGUGCUUUAACUACCGGAAUUAUUUCCUUUGAGUGCUCAAAGUAAACGUCGCUAAUAUCGGUUGCAACCACGCGUAACUUUUACCUUUUCUUACACGUCUUUUAUGUUGUCGUGUAUGAAGAAUUAUACGGAUAAUUAGUCUCUCGUAAAAUGUAUUCGCUCCUUAUUACGACAAUCGUUCGAAUUGCUAAUG